AUGAUGGCAUGCCUUUGUUUAGAGUUCAAUAAUGUAAUGCUUAUCUAUCUAUCUAUCUACCUACCUACCUACCUACCUACCUACCUACCUAUCUAUCUAUCUAUCUAUCUCAUCUUUUCAUGUAUAUCUAUCACAAUUAACAUACCUACCUAUCUAUCUAUCUAUCUAUCUAUCUAUCUAUCUAUCUAUCUCAGUCUUCAUUAUCUAUCUAUCUAUUUAUAUGAGCUGAAACGAACAGGACGUGUCAAGUCGGUUACGUUUAGCUUUCAAAUUGAUAAGAAAACCCCCCAUGAUGCCGGCGAUUAUUCAAUUAAAACGAAACAUUACCCCAUUUCUCCAACGUUUUCAUUCCUUCUUUCUUUCUGCCUUUCUUUCUUUCUUUCUUUCUUUCUUUCUGCCUUUCUUUCUUUCUUUCUCUCUUUCUUUCUUUCUUUCUUUCUUUUAACGUUACUCUCUAUAUAUUCUCUUUUAUAUUCUUUGCUUUUUUUUUCUUCUCUAUUUCACGCGAACUUUAUCUUUCUCCAAUAUUUAUUUUUUCUUUAUCUCUUUCAUUUAUACUUUCUUUCUGUCUUUCUUUCUUUCUUUCUUUCUUUCUGCCUUUCUUUCUUUCUUUCUUUCUUUCUUUCUUUCUUUCUUUCUUUUAACGUUACUCUCUAUAUAUUCUCUUUUAUAUUCUUUUGCUUUUUUUUUUUCUCUAUUUCACGCGAACUUUAUCUUUCUCCAAUAUUUAUUUUUUCUUUUAUCUCUUUCAUUUAUACUUUCUUUCUUUCUUUUUCUUUCUUUCUUUCUUUUCUUUCUGCCUUUCUUUCUUUCUUUCUUUCUUUCUUUCUUUCUUUCUUUCUUUUAACGUUACUCUAUAUAUUCCUUUUUAUAUUUUUGUUUUUUUUUUUCUUCUCUAUUUCACGCGAACUUUAUCUUUCUCCAAUAUUUAUUUUUUCUUUAUCUCUUUCAUUUAUACUUUCUUUCUGUCUUUCUUUCUUUCUUUCUUUCUGCCUUUCUUUCUUUCUUUCUUUCUUUCUUUCUUUCUUUCUUUUAACGUUACUCUCUAUAUAUUCUCUUUUAUAUUCUUUGCUUUUUUUUUCUUCUCUAUUUCACGCGAACUUUAUCUUUCUCCAAUAUUUAUUUUUUCUUUAUCUCUUUCAUUUAUACUUUCUUUCUUUCUUUCUUUCUUUCUUUCUUUCUUUUUCUGCCUUUCUUUCUUUCUUUCUUUUCUUUCUUUCUUUCUUUCUUUUUUUAACGUUACUCUCUAUAUAUUCCCUUUUAUAUUCUUUUUUUUUUUUUUUUCUCUAUUUCACGCGAACUUUAUCUUUCUCCAAUAUUUAUUUUUCUUUAUCUCUUUCAUUUAUACUUUCUUUCUUUCUUUCUUUUUCUUUCUUUCUUUCUUUCUUUCUUUCUGCCUUUCUUUCUUUCUUUCUUUCUUUCUUUCUUUUAACGUUACUCUCUAUAUAUUCCUUUUAUAUUCUUUGCUUUUUUUUUUCUCUAUUUCACGCGAACUUUAUCUUUCUCCAAUAUUUAUUUUUCUUUAUCUCUUUCAUUUAUACUUUCUUUCUUUCUUUCUUUCUUUCUUUCUUUCUUUCUUUCUGCCUUUCUUUCUUUCUUUCUUUCUUUCUUUCUUUCUUUUAA